AAUAUUUAUUUACGAUGACCCCCUUCGAUUAGUUGCUCAAAAACUUUCUCUUUUUCUUUUAGUAUUUAUGACAAACUUUUAGGUGGUAACAAGUUUUGUUUAUGGUUAUUCCAUUCUUGUUUACACUAUGCCUGUUACUAUACUGUUAGUAUGGUUUGAUCAACAUUUUCCAAAUACUUAUACCUAAGUCCUAGGUGAAAGUAGUUGAAGUUGAAAAUUGCGUUGAAAUAUUGUGGUUACUUUGGAGUACAACUGUUCGAUACUUUGAUUUCUGUACUAAACUUUAUAAUACGGUAUUAUUUUCCUACUGUGUCAAUGCUCGAUAUGUAUACAAGGUGGCAAAAUAACAUGACAAGUUCCUAUAAAAAAACUUUCUACAUACCCCCCAAGCAGUAGGUCGGUGGAAUACGGCGCUGAAAAUAUGCUUUAUUAAAUAAUGUUUAAAUUUGGUUUAAUUUGAUAAACAAAUAUGUUAGGCUUGUUAUUUGAUAAAAAAAUAAGCCUCCUUAAAAUACGGUAUUUGAAACAAAUUUUGCUGCAUUUAUUGCUUCAUUUUUAAAACCUUAUAUUAUUAUGAUAAAGACACUAGAAAAAUAUUUUAUAUUAGGAUUCAUAGGUUAGUUAUACUUGUGAAAUAGCUUAUGCGAUAUGCCAUAAGCCCUAACAACUUUCCUUAGUUGACCAACCCUUACGUACGUAAUUGGUUGGCGCCAGGAAACAAAAAUAAUAAAAACUGAGCCAACUCAGCCAUCUGUCCCACACUUAUAAGGAUGGAAGCUCAUCUAAAAAUCAUGGAUUCUCGGUAAAGUUUGCAUAUUUUACAGUUAGGAAGCAUAAUAAUUUUAUGAACCAGUUAUGAAAUAUUGGACAAGCUUUCAAGAUGUUAUUUUCGCUUAACGAAUUAUUAAAAUGCGUUUUGUUAAACAUGUUCAAAGCUGAUUCGCGACAUAAGCGAAAUUAAUUAAUGGUAUAAAAUAUUAAACCUUCCAGCAGGUUAGAGACCGGGGGACUAGGAGUUGUUAAAAUUGGCAACUGAUUUUUCGCUGAGGAAUCAGGAGUUCGCAAAUCAUGUCUCAAUUCAAAAAUCAUGGGUUUCGCAUUGGGCACGCCCCAAUUUUUAUCCCACCCAAUCAAUAGACUUUGCGCAGACCCAACUUAUCUUAGGUUUGAAAUCGAUAUUACAAUUUUGCCUCUAAUAAGCCUGGAGUCGGUAAACGGAUGUAAAAAAUAUCGUCUGUUAAGAAAAAAAUGUUUUCAUAAUAUAUUCUUGUAAAAUUUUAUAAAUUUUCCGCAUUCCGUUUUUUGGAUUUUCUUCCAAUGAAGUUAACAACCGUAUCGAAACAUCAUCAUAACAGUAGGACUAGCCCGUGUCCCAUGCAUCCGCAUGAGUGUUUCUGUUGGUUGGAGAUCUGUCAGUUCGUUCGAUCCAACCAAUAGAAACACUUUCCUAUCAUCGUCCCAUCGUAUAAACGAAUGCAUGGGACACCGGAGUAAUAUUUAAAUUUUAGAGUCUGUCAAAAAAUGUUUUUGCCAUGCUCUUGCCAUUUUAAAAGACCUAAAACUUUUAAAUAAAUUGAUAAAAGAUGUUUCUUGAUGAGUUUGGGUUAAUCAGUCAAUAGAUACCAGCAAAAAAUACUAUUUUUCUUAGACCAACGCUUCGGCUAUGUUUAAAUCAUCCUUAGGGCUAAGCCUAAUUUAGUGCUUUUCUGCCAUGAACAAGAGGGUCGAGAGCAUGUCACUAAAGGAGAUAUAGUAGGCAUAUUCGUUAUUAUUACCUUUAUUCCAAACUAUUUUCUUUAAGCUUGUGUUUUGGAUUUUGAUUCAUUGCGCACUACUUAAUAGCCAUAAAUCCCUUGGGAAAUAAUCAGCACUACCACUAUACAUUUAAUUAGACAGAUUCAUAAGGAGUAAUAUAAAACAGCGGUGGAAAAAGUAUUCUUCCAUUUUAAUAUAUUUUGCCUGUUGCAAAUGUAACGGGUGAAAUUAAAAUUGGCUUCAAAGUACUUUCAAGCAGUUACAAGAGGAGUUUUGCACUUUAAAAUUCAUGGAAAAAUUCGAAAAUAAAACAUUUAUUAAUCGCUGUUCGCGUCGCAAAUAACUUGCCGUCAGGUAUUUUGUACCUUGAUUGAACUUGGUAUUUUCUCAAAACGCUAUAGUUUUAAGUGUGACAUGACUUUGAUUGCAAUGUGUCGCAUUGAAAGCGUCGAUUAUAUUUCAUUUUCUGAUUACCGUUUAGUCCAGACCCGACGAAUCGGACCUAAAUGUAAUUAAUUAGAAAUCGAAGACGAUGGCGGAAAAUGACGAAUUAGAUUCUGGAAAUCCUCUAAUUGGUGAAGAUCAGCUGGAUUCGUUCGAUGAGACAAACGGAGCACAUGAUGAGUCUCUUCUGAAUGAUGCCGAUAUGGAUGUUAAGGAUGAUCCGGAACUUGAAGCCAUCAAGGCUAGAGUUCGGGAAAUGGAAGAAGAAGCAGAAAAACUGAAGCAGUUGCAGAGCGAGGUUGAUAAGCAAAUGAAUUUGGGCAGUCCUCCUGGAAUAACAAGUCCAUUAAAUAUGUCAAUUGAAGAAAAAAUGGAAGUGGAUAAUAGAAGCAUAUACGUCGGUAAUGUUGACUACGGUGCAACUGCAGAAGAACUGGAGCAACACUUCCAUGGAUGUGGCUCAAUAAACCGUGUAACAAUCCUGUGUAACAGAUUUGAUGGCCACCCCAAAGGAUUUGCUUAUAUCGAAUUUGGAGACAGAGACUCUGUUCAAACCGCAAUGGCAAUGGAUGAAUCAUUGUUUCGAGGGAGACAGAUUAAGGUUAUGCCUAAAAGAACAAAUCGGCCGGGGAUAUCCACAACCAAUCGACCACCCAGAGGCAGAGGAGUAUCGACAUUUAGAGGCAGAGGCGCCAGCAGAGGAGGGUUUUAUGGAUACCGUCCUAUGCGUCGACCCAGGUCUUACAGACGAGGAUAUUUUGCCGCUCCAUAUUGAUGGGUAAUGUAAGGGAAAAUUUCACUUUUUUUCUAGGUACUGCAUAUUUUUAAGUUUGGGCUGUUUCCGAAUCAACUAUUUAGAUAAAAGUGACCGUAAAAAAAAGGAAAAUUUUGGUUUUUAAAAAAAUUGUCUGCGAUUCAGUUAGUAACUAAUAAGCAUAGUUCCAAAUGAAUGUGUGAAAAAUAUCUGGUCUCAUGAACAAAACAUUAUUAUUGUGAUUGACUUUCUAACAAAUUCAAUUUAAUGAAUUCAGGACCAAAAAUAAGAGUUGUACGUAUUUUUUACUGUAUUUCUGAAAAUGACAAUUGAAUGUAAAUCCAAUAUGACGUACAAUAAAAUGGCAAUUAGACAUUA